AUGCAGGGGCCUGGAAAGAAGUGGGAGCACUAUGACUUGAACAAGAAUGGGAAGCCUGUGCGGAUCCCCAUGCAUGUGAAGAAGGGGGACACCGUGCAGGUCAUUGCAGGCAGGGACAAAGGGACGAUUGGAGAGGUCACAAAGGUUUUGACCAAGCAGGGGAAGAUUGUGGUUGAGGGUGCCAAUGUAAAGAAAAAAACCGUGCAGCCAAAGCCUGGUGCGGAUGAGAAGGGGCAGAUUGUGCAGACAGAGUCGCCCAUCCACCACUCCAAUGUCAUGCUCUACUCCAAGGAGAAGCAGAUCAGGAGUCGCGUGGGACACAAGAUUUUGGAGGACGGCAAGAAGGUCAGGUAUCUGGUGAAGACUGGCGAGGUCAUUGAUAGCUGA